AAAACUACGUCUGGAAGUGAAAGGGGCACCGCUGAGUCUUACCUGACCUGGUCUCUCUCUCUGUCUCUCAUCGCGGAGACACAUCCCCUUUCUGUGCGGGGCUGGUUGCACGGCUAAUCUACACCACCGCCAUCGCCUUGAGCAUCUUCAGCUCUUUAAAAGCGCUUUUGCGUUCUCCUUGGUCUAUGGUAUCCCUGGACGUUUUUUUUUUUAAAUACCACUCUUGUUUUCUUACCUCGAUUGUUUUGAUUUUUUUUUCUCCCCCCGUCAGAACUCGUAUCUUUCGAAAUUUUGUGAAUUGAUUGAUUGGUUUUUUUUUUUUUCUGGACAUGCGUUCAUUGUACUGACUACCCCGGGACGCGGAAUGAAGCGCUGCCGCGACCUCGCCUUGAGCUUGUGCGCUCGCCGUGCGCGGUCCGGCUGGCGGACGAUGAGGCGCAGGUGAUGGACGCGGGUCUCGACUCUGACACAGCUGCCCAGAGAUUGCGCUGCCGGAGCUUUCGCGAUCUUUUCAAAAAAAAACUAUUAUUCACCCACGAUUCCGCCUGCCCAACGGGAAAGGAUGUCUCUUUCUUUAAUCCGGGAGCUGGACCGAACUGGGAUGCUUAUGAACUGCUGCCUUGGCGCUGUGGCGGUGCCGCUGCGGGCGCAGACACUCUCCGUGAGAUUCACCUGCAGUCUCCUGUACAUGAUGUUUUUGUUGUUCCAGCUACCGCCGUCCACCUCUCAGUUUCUCAUGGGUACUGUAGCCAGCUGUGAAAAUGAAGGAGAAGUCUUGGAGAUCCCUAAUAUCACAGACAACCCCUGUAUAACCUGUGUCUGUCUGGACCAAAAAGCUGACUGUAAGCAGGAAAAGUGUCCACCAAUAUCCGAAGACUGCGCCCUAGUGGUGAAGCAGACGGGUGCCUGCUGUGAAAGCUGCAAAGGUUGCCAGAUCGAAGGGAGAUACUACAACAGUUCCACGCAGUGGCAGGUCUCGUCUCUCUCGUGCACCACGCGCUCAUGUCAGGUACCGCUUUUCUCAUUACCCAGCGUGCCUCGCGCUCGCUGUCCGAACUGA